GGAGAUGAAUUUGUAUACGUUGACAAUAUAAACAAAACCCUAGCAUAAGAAAUAGACAUAGUAAAUCCAAAUCCACAGUGGAUAGGAUAGGAUGGAUGGUAGCGCUGUGAUAGAAGGUAAAAUGGAGGGGGAAUUCCAUUUCCAUAUAAAAAGUUUGAUCACACUUCCCGCCAUUUCUCUAAAUCAUCUUUCAAAGCUUUCCCAGCACUUUUCUCUAUCCGAUUCUAUUGUGCGUGUGUGUUUUGUUUCAUUUCAUUCCAAUUGAAUGCUAACGUUUCGCCCAUCCCAUCUUCUCCGCUAUACUUGUUGUAUUACUCGUCCUCUCACCCCUCUCCUUCCUCCCUUUUCCUCCCAUAUCCUUCCUUCCAACUCGCCUUUCUUUCGCCCCAAACCCCUCUCUCUUUCUUCCUUAAACCCUCACUCCAACAUGUCCACUCGCCCCUCCGCCUUCGAUGCUUUAAUGUCUAAUGCUCGCCGUUUAGCCGGUAAGAAGAGCUCUUCCUCUUCUUCGCCCACCAAGAAACGCAAAUCCCCCGAUUCGUCGCCCACCCAAAACCCUAAUCCCCCCAAAACCGUCGGCUCCACUGAAGUCAAGCACGACCCAGAGGUUUCUAGUGAUGGAAUCGGAAAGCCCAUUAACGAUUCCCCAAAACCCGAUUUAGAUGAGGCGAAGAAAACCCCGGAUUCGAAGAAGGUGAAGGUGGGGAGCACCUCCGAGAGAAACGCGGAGAUGAAAGGGAAAAUUGGUUUGUUGAAGAAGAAGCCGGCGGAUUUUGAUCCCAAUAUGGUGGCGUGUUGGGAGAAAGGAGAGAGGGUGCCGUUUUUGUUUCUGAGCCUGGCGUUUGAUUUGAUAUCCAAUGAGACGGGUCGGAUUGUGAUAACGGAUAUUGUUUGCAAUAUGUUUAGGACUGUUAUUGCUACCACGCCGGAUGAUUUGGUGGCGACGGUUUACUUGGCAGCAAAUAAGGUUGCUCCGGCGCACGAGGGGUUAGAGCUGGGAAUCGGUGAUGCAUCCAUUAUCAAGGCCCUAGCUGAGGCCUGUGGGAGGACUGAAUCACAGGUUAAGAGUCAGUACAAGGAUAAAGGGGACCUGGGCCUUGUUGCACAGGCUAGCCGUUCAUCUCAAUCAAUGAUGCGCAAGCCUGAUCCAUUGACUGUUAUCAAAGUGUUUGACACGUUUCAGCUAAUUGCUAAGGAAUCUGGAAAGGAUAGUCAGGAGAAGAAAAAGAAUCGUAUCAAAUCACUUCUUGUUGCUGCAACUGACUGUGAACCUCAGUAUUUGAUUCGUCUGCUUCAGACAAAGCUGCGGAUUGGAUUUUCAGAGCAGACUCUGUUAGCUGCAUUAGGACAGGCUGCUGUAUAUAAUGAACAACAUUCUAAACCACCUCCAAAUGUUCAGUCUCCUUUAGAGGAGGCUGCUAAGAUUGUCAAACAAGUUUUUUCUAUCCUUCCAGUCUAUGAUAAAAUAGUCCCAGCACUCUUGACUGGUGGUGUAUGGGAUCUGCCUAAGAGUUGUGGCUUUACGCCGGGUGUUCCCGUUGGACCUAUGCUAGCAAAACCAACCAAAGGUGUUGCUGAAAUCAUAAAUAAAUUCCAGGACAUUGACUUCAUAUGUGAAUAUAAAUAUGAUGGAGAGCGUGCGCAGAUACACUAUAUGGAGAAUGGUUCAGUUGAGAUAUACAGCCGAAAUGCUGAGUGUAACACUGGAAAGUUUCCUGAUGUUGUUGCUGCAAUUUCUAGAUUUAAGAAGUCCUCUGUAAAAUCAUUUGUUUUGGAUUGUGAGCUUGUUGCUUAUGAUCGUGUUCAAAAGAAAAUAUUACCCUUUCAGAUCCUUAGUACAAGAGCACGGAAAAAUGUGGUAGUGAGUGAAAUAAAAGUUGAUGUGUGCAUAUUCGCUUUUGACAUCUUAUACCUUGACGGGCAACCACUUCUUCAUGAGCAACUGAAAGUUCGUAAGGAGAGGCUUUAUGAUUCAUUUGAGGAAGAACCUGGGUUUUUUCAAUUUGCAACAGCCUUAACAUCAAAUGAUCUUGAGGAGAUUCAAAUAUUCCUUAAUUCUGCUGUUUCUUCAAGUUGUGAGGGUUUAAUUAUCAAAACAUUGGAUAGAGAUGCUACAUAUGAGCCAUCGAAGCGGUCACUCAACUGGCUAAAAUUGAAGAAAGACUACAUGGAAAGUAUUGGCGACACAUUAGAUCUAGUACCUAUUGCUGCUUUCCAUGGCCGUGGGAAACGAACUGGCUUCUAUGGUGCUUUUCUCUUGGCAUGUUAUGAUGAAAAUAAUGAAGAAUUCCAGAGUAUCUGUAAAAUAGGUACUGGAUUUUCUGAAGCAGAGCUUGAGGAACGUUCUGCCAGUCUCCGCUCUAAAGUGAUUCCUGAACCAAAGUCAUACUAUCGUUGUUCUGAGAUGAUGAAGCCGGAUGUAUGGUUUGAGACUUCAGAGGUUUGGGAGGUAAAAGCUGCUGACUUGACCAUUAGCCCUGUUCAUCGUGCUGCUAUUGGGAUUGUGGAUCCUGAUAAGGGCAUAUCUCUCCGAUUUCCACGUUUAGUUCGUGUUCGAGAAGAUAAGACACCAGAGCAAGCUUCAUCAUCUGAGCAGGUUGCUGAGAUGUAUAAUGCUCAAAAACACAAUCAAACCAAUAACGAAGAUGAUGGUGAGGAUGAUUGAGGAAUUCUGACAAGCGUCUCAACAUUUUUCCUCCCCGAGUAGGUGAAUAACAUUUUAUCUUGCGUGCAAAUGGGACUGAUAGUUAUCCAAUUUCUAGACUUUGCAAUGUAAAUACAAAUACUCCUUUUCUCUGUUGCAAUCAAGAAGCUUCCUCUUGCUGGACGGAGUAAUUUUUUUACCAAUUUUAUCAAAAGCUGAAAGCUGUCGAUUUUAUCAUUCAA